AUGGCUAAAAGCCAGAGUCGCCCCCCUCGAAGAAAAGCAUGUAGUAACUGCAUUAAGUCCAAGGUACGGUGCACUCUAGAUCGACCCGCAUGCUCUCGAUGCAAGGUGACUGGCCGAAACUGCGAUUAUGGUACGACGUCUCUGGCUUCGGGGCAGCGAAAUUCCUCUCGCCUACAAGAAGGACAUAGUGGAGAAGCCGGUUCGUUAGAGAGUCAAAGUGUACCUUCGCCUUCAAUCCCAGAAUUCAGUUCAAGAGUGUUGCAGACGCCACCGUCUUUGUCAUAUACUCCCAGUCCUUCUGCCAACAAUAUCAUAUGGGACCCGCCAACCCAGCAGUCUCAGGAGCCUCCCGUCGAUGCAACGUCGAAAGAAAAAGAACUGAACUUCGAAGCGAUCCAUUUGACCCCGAGCUCUAUUGCAGAGGAUAUUCGCGACCGGUGGCUUAGGCCGUUUUUCCUGCCUGCGCACGGACGAAGUGAAACUCCGAAAGUCUGCCAUCCUUAUACCCUACAAUUUCUUGCAAGGAUCUUGAAGACAUAUCCACGAUAUAUGUUGAGAGAUGGACGACCCCCUCCUAUUAUUCACCAUGUCCAGGUCAGGGAGAAUAAGACGCCUCGAGCACUGGCGAACUGCUACAGUCUGGUACGUAUGUGGGAACAGGCAGUCCCGGGGAGCGAGGAGAUAGUCAUGAAUACAGUCGCAGGGGAGAUGGCAAGACUUGCCAGUGAGAGUCCGAAUCAACAUGACUACGAGCUCCUCUCUAGCUUUCAAGCCUACCUCAUCUACUCAGUCUUGAUCUACUUUGGCCCUCAAGGUAAUUUCACAGACACGAUCAUGAUAACCCUCAUGGAUAUGGCAUCUCAGACCGCUCGAAACGGCCUCUUCUGUGAUGCUGAGUUAGCACGGACCAGACCGACAUGGGAAUCCUGGAUUGUCGCAGCCACAAAACGCCGUGCAAUUUUCACUCUCUACCUCUUUAGCAAUAUCUAUAACGCUGACCGUAUGCUACCUAAUUUCGUCGCAGAGGAGCUGAGAGGCGUAUAUGCGCCGGGUAAUAAGACACUAUGGGAAGCAGCUGACCGAGAAACGUGGAAUAAGGAGUACGAUAGAUACCUAUUAGAUUGGCAAGAUGGAAGCUUGGAAAUAUCUGAAUUAUGGCCAUCUCCGGAGAAGGAGGAGCCGGAACGGAGGAGAAGGAUCGAACGCUGGGUUCAAACAGUUGAUGAGUUCGGCAUGAUGAUGUACAGUGUUUGUGCCCAUAUCCAUGGGUCCUAA